AUGCGUCUAUUUCGAGUGCUGGGCGUCGCCCUAUUGGCGACCGCGGUGACGGCAAGUAUGAAGGAAUUGGAGGCGAUGAUGCCCAAGUGUGCGCUUCAAUGUAUGGCGGAGACUCUGCCUAAGUCCGGUUGCGCCCUCACCGAUCAAACAUGCCAGUGUACUAGUGCAAAGUACACCGAGGCGUUGGAGAAAUGUGUGCUCGUUAGCUGCAGCAUCCGCGAGGGUCUCACGACGAAAAAUGUCACCUCGCAGGCGUGCGGGGCGCCUAUCCGCGAUCGAACGAAGGCUGUGUCGAUACCUGGGGUGGUCGGGCUGAUACUGGCGGUUAUUGCCUACGUUCUUCGAAUAAUUGCGAGACUCCGGUGCUGUGGAGGGGUAUUUGGGUGGGAUGAUAUAACCAUGUCCCUGACCAUGGUUUACUUCUGGGAUGAACUCCUCUACCUCAGCGUUAUCCCCCUGACUAAAAUCUCCAUCUGCUGCUUCUACCUGCGCAUCUUCCCCGAACGCCGGUUCCGCACACUCACCUACGUCGUUAUCGGUUUCAAUGUCGCCUACUGGAUCACAUUCGUCCUGAUCUCCGUCUUCCAGUGUAAACCCCUUCCGGGCGCGUGGCACCACUGGGAUGGAGAGGUGAAUUACCACUGCAACAACAUCAACGCGCAGGGCUGGUCGGCGGCCUUGAUCAACAUGGCGUUGGAUAUCGUUGUGAUGGCGCUGCCAUUGAGACAGCUGUAUGGCCUUAACCUGUCCUGGAGGAAGAAGGCCUACGUCAUGUGCAUGUUCAGUCUGGGCAUUUUCGUUACUCUCGUCACGAUUCUGCGCCUGGAGUCCCUAAUCCACUUUGCGACCACCGAGAACCUGACCUGGGACUACGUCAAAAUCGGAUACUGGAGUACCAUCGAAUGCCACGUCGGUAUCAUCUGCGCCUGUCUCCCGGCUAUUCGAUCCCUCCUGCGGCGCAUGGCUCCCCGCGCCUUUGGCGACACGGAUCGCGGCAAGACAUACGGGACAUACGGCUCGAAUUCGCAGGCCCACAACACGGGCGGCUUCGGCGUCACCACCCAGACCACCGACUACGACUACGUAGUCGUGGGGUCCGGCCCUGGUGGCGGUCCUCUCGCAGCCAGACUGGCUAUCGCGGGCUUCAAGGUCCUGGUGCUCGACGCGGGCGAUGACCAGGGCAACGCCACUGUUCAGAAGGUCCCUGCCCUCCAGCUGCAGUCCACCGAGUACGAGCCCAUGCGCUGGGACUACUUUGUCAACCACUACUCGGACCUCGACCGGCAGAAGGAGGACUCCAAGAUGACCUACCGCACCUCGUCGGGCGACUUCCAUGUCGGUUCCAACCCUCCGGCUGACGCGGAGCCCCUGGGCAUUCUGUAUCCGCGUGCGGGAACGCUGGGUGGAUGCGCGAGUCACAAUGCUAUGGUUACCAUCUACCCCUUCGAGAGAGACUGGGAGCAGCUGGCCACCCUGACCGGCAACGACUCCUGGUCCGCGGAGAACAUGCGCCACUACUUCCAGCGUCUCGAGCGCAACCGCUACAUGCCCAGUUCCCUCAUGGGUCACGGAUUCGACGGCUGGCUGACCACGAGUCUGACCAACCUGCAGCUGGUCAUCGAAGACGCGAAGAUUCUCUCCCUUAUCUUGGCCGGUGCCACCGCAGCCGGCAAGACCAUCCUGGGCAAGGCCAUCACCACCGUCGCUGGUCUGGCCGGCGUGCUGCUGCGUGAUCUCAACAACCCCUUCCCCACCCGGGACUUCGAGACCGGUCCCUACCAGGUGCCUCUCGCCGUCGACGUGCCCGAGUACAAGCGGACGGGCCCGCGCGAUUUCCUCAUGGAUACGGCCAACGCCCGCAACGACGACGGCUCCCGCAAAUACCACCUUGACUUCCAGCUCACCACCCUCGUCACCAAGGUGCGCUUCGACCACUCGGGCCCCACGCCCCGCGCCGUCGGCGUCGACUACCUCAGCGGCCAGAGCCUCUACCGCGCCGACCCGCGCGCGACCAAGGAAUCCCGCGGCAAGCCCGGUCACGUCACCGCCAAGCGCGAGGUCAUCAUCUCCGCGGGCUCCUUCAACACCCCCCAGCUGCUCAAGCUCAGCGGCAUCGGCCCCAAGGACGAGCUCUCGCGCUUCGGAAUUGACAGCGUCGUUGACCUCCCCGGCGUCGGCAAGAACCUCCAAGACCGCUACGAGACCGGCACGAUCGGCAAGUCGCCCUCGGACUUCGUCCUCACGUCCAAGUGCACCUUCGGGUACACCCUGCCGGACCCCUGUCUGGACCAGUACGAGAACAACCCGCUUAACAAGGGCACCUACACCACCAACGGGAUCGCCAUCGCCAUCAUCCGCAAGUCCUCCGCCGCCGCCGAGGACGAAGAGCCCGACCUACUCAUCUCCGGCGCGCCCACCAACUUCCCAGGCUACUACCCGAACUACGCGAGGGAGGGGCUCUCCGACGCACAGCACUGGACGUGGAUCACGCUGAAGGCGCGCAGCCGCAACAACGCCGGCACCGUCGAGCUGCGGUCGACCGACCCGCGUGACACCCCGGUCAUCAACUUCCACUCGUUCGACACGGGCGUCACCAAAGACGGCGCCGACGAGAAGGACCUGCAGGCCGUGUACGAGGCCAUGGAGUUCUCCCGCACCAUCUUCGACGACCUCAUCCCGCUCGACGGCGGCUUCGAGGAGGUCUGGCCCGGCCCGAACGUCACCACUGAGAAAGACCUCAAGGACUUUAUCAAGCGUGACGCUUGGGGCCACCAUGCUUGCUGCACCGCCGCCAUCGGAGACGACGAGGAUCCCAACGCUGUGCUGGACGGGGAUUUCCGUGUGCGCGGCGUUGACGGUCUGCGUGUUGUCGAUGCGUCUGCUUUCCCCAAGAUUCCGGGCUGGUAUAUCGCUUUGCCGAUCUAUAUGAUCAGUGAGAAGGCCGCGGAGGUGAUUAUCGCGGAUGCUAAAUAA